AUGUUAAGGUUUUCACCUUCGUCAUGGUAUUUGGGCGCGUCAUGUGUUGUCAGUCUUUUAUAUUUACAAGGAUUUUUGAUUAAUCGUGUUUUACCAGUUGGUUUUCAAGUAGAUUAUUCGAGAUUAUCAGCGAGUUGGUGUAAAUUUAGAAUUUAUUAUGGUCUCGUGUUCGCCAUUACAGCUCCAACAUUGGUGUGCAUUGCAGUAGUAGACAGAUAUUUAUCAUCUUGCCAUAAUGCUAACUUACGAGCAUACAGUUCAUUGAAAAUAGCCAAAUGCGUCAUACCAAUUGUCAUUACAUUUUGGAUACUUGAAAAUAUUCCUGCUCUAUUAGUCUAUCAUUUCAAGGCACCUUCAACUUGCACCUAUAAUAAUUCUGGUUACACUAUUUAUAUAUCGUACAUACUAUCCCCUAUACUUUACGGCUUAGCUCCCGUACUAAUCACAUCUAUUUUCAGUUUACUCACCUACAAAAAUAUGCGCCAACGAAUUGUUCCAUCAUCCGCAACACAACGUCGUGAUGCACAAAUAUCAACAAUGAUCAUGCUACAAAUAUUGAUGAUUGUUGUAUCAACAUUUCCUUUGAUGAUAAGAAAUAUUUAUGCUGGCAUCACAUUAAAUAAUCAAAAAGAUUCGGUGCAAUCAAUGUGGGAGAAUUUUUUUGGACAAAUAGUUUACUUGCCGUGGUAUCUGAAUUAUUCGUCGUCGUUCUACGUUUAUGUGGUGUCAUCAGUCGCCUAUCGUAAACAAGUAAAGAAGUUAUUAAUUAAUAAUUCAUUAAUGAAACGGUUACUAACUAUACUUGAUUUGAUCAAUCUAUUCGAUUUAACACAACAUGGAUGGAUACCGGUUAAGUCUCAAUAUGAAUCACAUAAUGACACAGUAUUGACUGAACAUGUAGUGAACGCACUUGACGUACUAAAAUUUAAUCAAUUACAAAAUAGUACAAACUAUGCCGUGAGAGCCACAGGCAAAUCAAAAGAUGUUACAAUGACACAAAUUAAUCUAAGUGAAAGAUAUAGAAUGAAAACGCAAAAUCUAUAUAAGGUGCCGUAUUUAUCCGAAAACUUUGUUCUUGUAACAACAUUUCGAUCGAUAAAAGAUUCAACGGGUUAUUUGUUUUCCAUAAUGGGUACAGACAAUUUACCUAUAUUGGAAAUGAAAAUUAACAAAAAAAUUACUCUAUUCUAUCGAUAUGCAACGGUUAAUACCGGCAAACGAGGAGAAAUUCAAUCGGAAACGAUCAGUUUUGAAAGUGAUAAAGGAUGGUCGGCGAAUGAUGGAUUGUGGCAUCGCGUUGCCAUAUUUUUUGGUUCAAAUUUAGCAGUGAUGAAAAUGGAUGGUAUAUGGAAUUCGCAGGCACAGUUGAAUAUUCCACGUUCCGAAAAAUUUGAUAUGGGACUUGUUGCUUUUAUCGGCUCAAGUGGAAAUAAAGAAAAUCAAAAAAAUAACCUAUUCAGGGGCGAUAUUGAAGAGAUACGUAUAAUCGCGUGGGAACCGAGUCAAGGAUAUGAACCAAAAUCAUUCACUAGUUAUCAUGAGAGUUCUGCAGUAAGCCUUGGAAAUACCGCUUCUGUGGAGUACGAAGAAGAAGAAAAUGAUUACGACCAAAAUACAGAACUAGGACCUAUGGGACCUCCUGGAGACAAUGGUCGAAAUGGAAUUGAUGGACCGCAGGGUGCACCUGGAGCACCUGGUCAUAUCAUCAUCAUUCCAUAUCCAAUGCAAGAUGAAAAAGGACCACAAGGUCAAAUGGCAUCGUUACAGGGGAUGCUCAGUUCACACAUGAAUGCAUUGCGUGGUCUUCAAGGUCCACCAGGAAGAGCUGGAUUGCCAGGAGCAAUGGGCAUGCCAGGACCAAUUGGACCAAAAGGUGACAAGGGCGAAGCUGGACCUCAAGGUCUAACCGGUGCACCCGGUCAAAUUGGACAACCAGGUCAACGAGGCGCACAGGGAAAUCCCGGAAGAAAUGGAGAGCGAGGCAUAUCUGGUUUACCGGGACCGAAAGGAGAAUUGGGCAGUCCAGGACUUCAGGGUUUAUCAGGCAUUAAAGGCGACAGAGGAUAUAUGGGACCAGUAGGUGAACGAGGCGCACCAGGUCCUAUUGGAUCGCUUGGUGAUGAGGGACCAAUUGGCCCUGUGGGUCCACCAGGUGUACAAGGUCUUCGAGGUUUUCAAGGACCGAAAGGCCCUCAUGGCGCACCUGGUCCGAUGGGUCCACCAGGGAACGAAGGACCACCAGGACCGAAAGGCAACGAUGGGCCAACGGGCGCUGCUGGAAUUGCUGGAACGCCAGGUGUAUCGGGACCGCCUGGAUCACCUGGUCCUCAAGGCCCUACGGGUAUUCAAGGGCCACCGGGGCUGAUGGGAAAAGCUGGUGCGCCUGGUAUGCCGGGACCAGAAGGCCCAAUGGCAAUUUCAAACAGCGGGCCGUAUGGUGAAGCUGGUGACAUGGGCUUAAAGGGAGAUUCAGGAAUUGAAGGUCAACGAGGACAGAUUGGAAUACCAGGAAUACCAGGCGCAAAAGGAGAUGCUGGCCUAAGAGGAAUCACGGGAGAAAAAGGAGACAAAGGGGACUCUGGAAUUCACGGUCAAAGAGGUGAUAUUGGUCCAAAAGGCGAUAAAGGUGAAAGUGGAUUGAAAGGAGUUGCAGGAGCGAUGGGAGAGCCGGGACCCAAAGGAAACGAUGGACCGAGAGGUGAACAAGGUUUAAUAGGUUCUCCAGGGCCAAAGGGUCGUAUGGGGCUCCCAGGGUUUCCAGGAAUUCCAGGCGGACCGGGUGAAAAAGGAAAUCAAGGCAAAGAAGGACGAACCGGUUCUCAAGGACAGAAAGGUGCCCGUGGACAGUCCGGUCCAGCUGGAGAAACUGGUCGUCCUGGUCCACCAGGACCCGUGGGUGAAAGGGGACCUGUCGGCCCUAUCGGACUACAAGGUCAGAAAGGCGAACUGGGCUCUGUUGGCAUUCCGGGAAGUCCAGGCCCUGUGGGUUCUCCAGGAUUGACGGGACCUCCAGGACUGCAAGGUGUUCCUGGUGCACAGGGUUUCCAAGGACGAGAUGGACCAAUCGGACCACCGGGUGAUCGUGGUGAGCCGGUAAGUAGUUCUGAUUUGGACUUUUUGAUAUAG